GUCGCCUGCUCUCGUUCGAUUACCUACUAGUCUCUGCCCUUUUGGUCUCCCUGGCUACGGGUGCGGUGAUGCCUCCGUGGCCCCGGUGCCCGCAUCCAUGGAGUCCCACUGUGAUUAUUUUAUGUACUUCCCUGCCGUGCCUUUCACGGAACCCACCAAAGAGCCUGGGCGAUAUCGUGCUCUCCCUCGCCGCAAUCACCUCUACCUAGGUGAAACAGUACGCUUCCUACUUGUCUUACGGUGUCGGGCCAUUGAUGGGGGCGGUGGCUAUGACUCCCGGGGAUGGAGUGAGCUAGCCAGCUCUUUGUCAGCCCUGGCUAGUGUCAGUCCUGGUGUGAGUCGACAAGAAGGGCCGCCAGAUGGAGACGAGGACUGGGUAGGGCAGGCGGUGGGGGAUGAGGAACAGGAGGAGGAGGAAGCUGGUGUUAGGGAUCAUAGGAAGAAGAAGGUCAGAGGGUUCAGAGAAUGCAAACCUCUUUUAACUCACAACAGCCAGCAUCCGGGCAGUGGUGACUAUCGCAAGAACCAGCAACAGACAACAGUGGAAGAGCCAAUUAUACUAAAUGAUGAAGUAAUUUUCCCACUCACUGUAUCUCUGGACAGAUUGCCAGCAGGAACUUUGAAAGCAAAGAUCAUUGUUACAGUAUGGAAGAGGGAUACAGAGAAGGUGGAAAUCCGAGAACAUGGCUACCUGACCAUUUUGCAGAAUCGGGCUCCUUCACAGGUGUUCAGGGAGGAGCAGAGUAGUUUCAAAGCCCAAGUGAGUACUUUGUUGACCGUGCUCCCCCCUCCAACUGUGAGAUGUCGACAAGUCAGUGUAUCUGGGAAGUACAUCACAGUCCUCAAAGUGCUGAAUUCCUUUUCUCAAGAGGAAGUAUCUGUCCGGGAUAUUCGGAUUUUGCCAAACUUCAACACCAGUUAUCUUCCCAUGAUGCCAGAUGGUUCUGUGUUACUGGUGGAUAAUGUAUGCCACCAGUCUGGUGAUGUAUCUAUGGCCUCCGUCUACAGGAUAGACAGUGUCUCUUGCAGUCUUCCCUGCACGCUCAGCGCACUUGAAGGGCACAACUUCCUGUUUCAACUACAAGUGAAUGAACGGCCCCAAGAAGACACCAGAGAGGGCUUGGAAGUACCUUUGGUUGCAGUGGUCCAGUGGUCAACACCGAAACUGCCAUUCACAAAUUGUAUCUACACACAUUACAGGCUGCCAAAUAUCCGCUUGGACCGCCCACGCUUUGUGAUGAUGGCAUCCUGUGAUUCACCUGUGCAGGUGUAUGAGCGAUUUAAUGUUACAUACACUUUGCUGAACAACCUCCAGGACUUCUUGGCAGUAAGGCUUGUCUGGACACCAGAGAAUGCAAUUGCAGGAAGGAAACUGUCUGAGGAAGACGCUCGAGCUACAGAGGCAGCUUUAAACUCUGUUGUGUGCCAUACUCCUUUGAAUAACCUUGGCUUUUGUCGGAAAGGAAGUACCCUUACUUUUGAUGUGGGCUUUCAGAUUCUGCGGGCAGGCCUUUUUGAGCUAAGUCAGCAUAUGAAACUGAAGUUACAGUUCACAGCUAGCGUCUCCAAUCCACCACCUGAUGCACGUCCCAUCUCUCGGAAGAACAGUCCAAGUAGUCCAGCAGUUCGGGAUCUGGUGGAGAGGCAUCAGGCCAGUUUGGGGCGUUCACAGUCCUUUUCUCACCAGCAGCCUUCUCGCAGCCAUCUUAUGAGGACUGGAAGUGUGAUGGAGCGACGUGCAGUCACUCCUCCUGUAGGAUCCCCAAUUGGGAGGCCCUUGUACCUACCUCCAGAAAGGGCUGUGCUGUCCUUGGACAAGAUUGCUAAGCGUGAAUGCAAAGUAUUAGUGGUGGAUCCUAUCACAUGACAUUCUAGAUCCAAUAAUUUACUGGCAAGCCAGGACAGCAGUCAAUAACUCCAUUGCCUCUGCCCAGGCAAAUUGAAAGGGGUUCACAAGACUCUUAUGCACAUUUGUAUCAUGCAGUAUGUUAUUUGUAAAGUUUACAGAAUUUUCCAUUAGGUGGUACUUGCUUUUGAUGGCACAGUAGUCUUUUUUUUUUUUUUUUUUUUUUUGUAAACAUUACACUGAAUUAACAGGUAGUCAGUGACACUGGAUUUUCUAAAACAGGUAAUUAAUAUUUAUGUUUUUUUGUUUGUUUUGCAGUUGAAAACUUGAAUUUUUGACAGUAGUGAGACGAUCAGAAUGCAGGAUUGUGAAACUAGUCCAGUAAUGCUGCAGCUAGAUGGGCUAUGUUGAAGUCAUUUGGCAUAUGUUCUUGGGGUUUUUUUUUCCUAUUUUUACCAUCUUGUCAGUGGCACUGAAUUUGCUUGUUCAUUAGUAUGGGGUGGGCUUCUCAUUUCACAUAACUGAUUUUUAACCCUCCAUGUCUAUGUAGUCUGAAACAAUAUGGGACUUUCCAUUUAAUUUUAAGGCAUCAGUCAAAAACAGUAUUUCAAGAAUGAUUCUGUAUUUUUGAAAGUUAGCAGCUGGUAAGCCUUGUCAGAUGAAGGUCUGGCCCUGGUUUGUGAGCAUUGUGCAGACGAGAAGUGCUAUUUAUUGCAUUGAAAUGUCUUGACCAGUUUUGCUAACUUCAGAAGUAAUUGUUUCUGUAUCUGGAAGUCCCAGAGUUUCUUUUCAGCUUGAUAGCAGGGUUUCUACUGGGGGAAGUAAAGUAUGGUGUGUAAUCUCA